GCUGCCGGGUGGGGGGGCGGACUAAGGGGCCGCGGCGCUGGCUGGCUGGCGGUGUCUGCCGUGCCCGGGUCGGUGUGCCCGCCCCGGUUCUCUCGCUCCAUGGUACGCCUGUGAGUCCCGUCGCCGGCGGACUUGUCCUGGGGAUGGAGCACAUCCGUACGACCAAGGUUGAACAAGUGAAAUUACUUGACCGAUUCAGUACCAGCAACAAGUCACUAACAGGAACACUCUAUCUUACAGCCACACAUCUAUUUUUUAUAGACUCUCAUCAGAAAGAAACCUGGAUAUUGCACCACCAUAUUGCCUUAGUAGAGAAACUAGCUUUGACUACUUCUGGAUGCCCACUUGUGAUUCAGUGCAAAAACUUCAGGAUUGUGCAUUUCAUUGUUCCCAGAGAAAGAGAUUGCCAUGAUAUUUAUAAUUCUUUGCUACAACUCUCAAAACAAGCAAAAUAUGAAGAUCUCUAUGCAUUCUCUUAUAAUCCCAAACAAAAUGAUUCGGAACGACUACAAGGUUGGCAGCUCAUUGACCUUGCUGAGGAAUAUAAGAGGAUGGGAGUGCCAAAUUCAAACUGGCAGCUGUCUGAUGCCAACCGAGAAUACAAGAUUUGUGAAACUUAUCCCAGAGAACUUUAUGUUCCCCGAAUAGCAAGCAAACCAAUAAUUGUUGGUAGUUCCAAGUUCCGGAGCAAGGGAAGAUUCCCGGUCCUUUCCUAUUAUCAUCAAAAUAGAGAGGCUGCCAUUUGUCGAUGUAGUCAACCACUAUCAGGAUUCAGUGCCAGAUGCCUGGAGGACGAACAUUUGCUUCAAGCCAUUAGUAAAGCCAAUCCGGUCAAUCGCUAUAUGUAUGUCAUGGAUACCAGGCCCAAACUGAAUGCAAUGGCCAACAGAGCAGCUGGAAAAGGUUAUGAAAAUGAAGACAACUAUUCUAACAUUCGAUUUCAGUUUGUUGGAAUUGAAAAUAUUCAUGUCAUGCGGUCCAGCCUUCAGAAAUUAUUGGAAGUCAAUGGUACCAAAGGGCUUUCUGUUAGUGAUUUCUACUCUGGUUUGGAGAGCUCAGGAUGGCUUCGCCACAUCAAAGCUGUUAUGGAUGCUGCAAUCUUCUUAGCCAAAGCGAUAAUGGUGGAAAAUGCAAGUGUGUUGGUACAUUGUUCUGAUGGUUGGGAUAGGACUUCCCAGGUUUGUUCCCUUGGCUCUCUUUUAUUGGAUUCCUACUACAGAACAAUCAAAGGAUUUAUGGUUUUAAUAGAAAAGGAUUGGAUCUCUUUUGGACAUAAGUUUUCAGAAAGGUGUGGCCAUUUGGAUGGUGACCCAAAGGAAGUCUCACCGGUGUUUACUCAGUUCUUGGAGUGUGUGUGGCAUUUGACCGAACAGUUCCCACAAGCCUUUGAAUUCAACGAAGCAUUUCUUCUUCAGAUCCAUGAACAUAUUCAUUCAUGCCAAUUUGGAAACUUCCUUGGAAAUUGUCAGAAGGAAAGAGAAGAGCUCAAGUUAAAGGAGAAGACUUACUCCCUGUGGCCAUUUCUCCUGGAUGACCAAAAGAAGUACUUAAAUCCCCUCUAUAGUUCCAAAUCUCCAAAAUCUGCCGUGUUGGAGCCAAAUACAGUCUCCUUCAAUUUUAAGUUUUGGAGAAACAUGUACCACCAAUUUGAUCGAACAUUGCAUCCUAGACAGUCCAUGUUUAAUAUAAUUAUGAAUAUGAAUGAGCAAAAUGAACAGUUAGAGAACGAUAUUAAAGACUUAGAAUCUAAAAUUAAGCAACGUAAAAGUAAGCAAACAGAUGGAAUUCUUACCAAGGAGUUGUUACAUUCAGUUCAUCCUGAAUCACCUACCCUCAAAACUUCCUUGUGUUUUAAGGAGCAAACUCUGUUACCUGUGAAUCAUGCUCUUCGAACUAUAGAGGGCAGCAACCCAGCAGAUAAUCGUUACAGUGAAUAUGCUGAAGAGUUUUCCAAAUCAGAACCCGGUGUGGUCAGCCUAGAGUAUGGUGUGGCAAGAAUGACCUGUUAGACCCAUAAAGUCUGUUCUGGACUUACUGUGGUGCAAGAAAUGGAUUAUUGCGAAGAUGAUCAGUGUGCAUGACCAAAAGGAAUUUGUCUGAUAAUGAUCUUAGAGUUUAAUAGUUGAAGAAAUGGUAAUAACUACUCCUAUGAGAGAAAUAAGUCAGUUUAAUUGCAUUUCCAGCAAGGAAUGACUUUCAGUUCUUUAAGAAACAAGUGGUACUGGCAGAUUUAUUCAAAACACAAUUUGUACUAUAGACUAGUGAAUUGACAUUUCUGUAUGAUUUAUAUGUUAAUUACAGCCAAACAUGAACAACUUUUCUUAACUAUAACUUAAUUGCCAGAAAACAAAACUUGACAAAGCUCUCCCUUACUUAAUAAUUGACAUGGCAUGUACUUUUGACUACAUAACUAUGUAACUAUGAAUAUUUACAUGUUCUGUCGAUUGGUGAUGUUUAAUGUAGAAGUGCCAUGAAAAAUAUUCUAAGAAAGCCUUAAAAUCUCAAUUCAUCCUUUACUCUUAAGUUUUAUAGCCAAGAGCAAGUUUUUGGAUUUUUUGGUUUUUUCUUUUGGUCAGCCUUGUUUGAUUUUUUUUUAAUUUUAAUUUUUUUUAUUUAUUUAUGAUAGAGAGAGAGAGAGAGAGAGAGAGACGCAGAGACAUAGAGACGCAGAGACAUAGGCAGAGGGAGAAGCAGGCUCCAUGCACCGGGAGCCCGAUGUGGGAUUCGAUCCCGGGUCUCCAGGAUCGCGCCCUGGGCCAAAGGCAGGCGCCAAACCGCUGCGCCACCCAGGGAUCCCCCUUGUUUGAUUUUUAAAGAAGUUCACUGUCAUUACUGCAGGGGCUGCAUGCUACAAUACUCCUGUGUAAACAUGUAGAAGUGCACCAUUAAGUUCAUGGUUGGCUGGUCCCAUGUCCAUAUUCAAAAUUAAUGAAACUGAACGUUUUAUUCUGAUGACAGUUUGUGCAGUGCUACAUUUGAUGACAUUAUUUACAGCUUAGAGUAUUGAUUUCUUGAAUAUGUGUAAACAUGUUUGACUGUCUUUUAUGGAUAGAUUACUGCAUUCUUUUGAUUCUUACUUGGUGGUGGCUUUAUUCCCUUGAUAACUGUGAAACUUUAAAAAAGCGACUGUAACACUGUUCUUAAAGACAAUGAAGAGUAUAUAUGUAUAUGGUUUUGUUUCAGUGAGUUACUCUUCCUAGGACAGACUUUCAGUUUCCCCCAAUUUUGGGGGUUAAACAAAAGGGAAAUACAAAUAGUUUAGAUUUCGCUUGGUUGCAUGAAUUUUAAAGCAGCCAUUUCUAUGUGGAACAUUUUUUCUUCUCUGUUAACAUAGGGAAAAAAAGGGAAAAUUAAGGAUAGCCUAGUGCAAAGCUAAUGUUUAGCAAAAACAAUUUAAAUGCUAGGAAAAGUUUCAUUUUCCAAUGUUAUGUUAACCGUUCUGUGUGCUAGGAACAUAUCUUUAAAUGACAAAACAAAAAAAAAUUCACAGUGUCAUCCAGCUGACUUUAAAAUUGAAGGUUGAAGUAACAUGACUGGCAAGAGGUAUGAUGUAGGGGUAGUAGGAAACCUGGAUAGGAUCCCUAAUGCUUCUCUUUACUAUACUUAUAUCUAUUACAUUAGUUUUGAACAUAAACAAAUAUGUUUUUCAAAUGAAAAAAAGCUUUAUUGUAUAAGAACUUAUCCUGUUUAUUUUUCCAAUGCUUUUGUGUAAUGCAUUACGUAAUAAGAAAAAUACUCCUUUUUAAACAGUAACAGAAAUGCACUAUUAAAUAUAGUUUGUGAUUUAGCCAAGCCUAUUUCCAUACUUAAGCACUGGGACAGGAAACUUAAUCUUUGUAACCACAAAGGGAAGCUUUUGUGCCUUGUUAUUUGGUUCCAGUUAUUGACUGUGGUUUUAGAAUCUUCCUUAGCAGAUUUCUUAUAUUCACAUGUUUUUGGUUUAUUAUCUUCAACUUCAGGCAUAUGUAUAUAUAUGUGUGUGUGUGUGUGUGUGUUUAUGUGCUCACACAUGGACUGAGAAAUUAGUUAACAUCUUAAGUGACCUACAGAGUAUAUGUUGGCAGAAAGCAGAUUGUGUAUAUGUCAUAUAAAAUUUACGUUCAGUGUGUUUGGGGAUGUAUAGCAUGUAAAUUAUUAGAUAUAUUAUUUAAAGGUAAUUAAAUAUUCACAUUUUACUUUGGAUAUUUUUCUUUUGGGGAAAAAAACAAAUGGAAUCAAGUUGUGGUUGGUUUUUUCUUUGCUCAAGUAGGGAAUUGGACCUUCACAUUAUACUAAUCAUAACAGUAUAGGGUUUGAGCAAUUCCUUUUCCCAAAGUUCGAUCUUGAUAAAUAAUAACAUAUAUAAAAAUAAUUUCCAAAAUACUUAAAACAGGUAUAGUGGGCUAAAAGUUUCAGCAGAUAGAGUUGAUAAUGUCACAGUUUUGGUGGAAGGCAGUGUCUAGUGAGUAUAUACAUUCAGAGUAAAAAUAUCUCCCCAAAGGCAGAUCUAGAGAUCUGGAGAUAAACACAAGGAAAAUGACUUACAGGAAAAAGUUUAUAUGGGAGUGUUUUGAAAGGUUAGCUAGGCGAGAAGUAGCUCAGGGAAUCUUGACUAAAUAGAGAUGGAGGGAAAUUUUUUUUUUUUUAAUUCUCUAUUUGGUAGACUAGCAGGGCAGCAGGGGGUAGUAUCAGGACCCCUCCCUUUUUUUUUAAAGACUAUUUUUUUAAGAGUAGUUUUAGGUUCACAACAAAAUUGAGAGGAAGGUCCAGAAAUUUUUUAUAUACCCCACCAGAGUGCUACAUUUGUUCAAUUGAUGAACCUGCAUUGACAUCAUCAUUACCCCAAGUCCAUAGUUGACCUUAGUGUUCAUCCUUACUGUUGUAUAUUCUGUGGGCUUUGGACAAAUGUAUGAUGACCUUUAUAGUAUCAUACAACGUAUUUUUCAUGGCCCAAAAAAAUCCUCUGUUCUUCCUAUCCGUCCCUCCUUAUCCCCCUACCUCUGGCAACCACUGAUCUUUCUAUUGUCUCCAUAGUUUUACCAUUUCUAGAGUGUCACAUAGUAGGGAUUGUGCAGUGUGUAGCCUUUCACAUUGACUUCUUUCACUUAAUGAAUGCAUUUCAAGUUCUAAAACUUGAAGUUUUAGAAAUUUGAAAAAGCUUCUGUGUUUUUUCAUGUCUUGAUAGCUCACUCACUUCUUUAGCACUGAAUAAUAUUCUGUUGCCUGGAUGUACCACAGUUUAUAAAUUCACCUAUUGUAGGAUGUCUGGCUUGCUUCCAAGUUACAGCAAUUGUGAAUAAAGUUUGCUUUAAACAUC